AUGACGAGCAUUCAUUCCAGCAUAACUGGAAUGGUUAUUCCCGUUGUUAACAAACCUUCAAAUCACGACAUAAUUAUAAAUUCAAAUUGUAAAAACGGAAAAGUUAUCGAGCAAAUUAAUACGAAUGAAAAUUUGCAAAAUUCGGAAAAUUUUGUAAAUGAUAACGAAAACGUUAAUGGAAACGGAAGUGAUAAAGUGAACGGUGAUCCGGGAAUCAUAAAGUUAUUCGUUGGUCAAAUUCCGCGACAUUUAGAAGAAGAUGAUCUACGACCUCUGUUCCAGCAAUUUGGUCACAUUUAUGAAUUUUCGGUUCUUCGUGAUAAAACCACUGGAAUGCACAAAGCGUCAUUAAAUAAAAUUUAUGGAAAAUUUUAUUUAUGCGAGUAUUAA